AAACUUGAUUUAUUACGAGGGGAUUCUCUUGAGAACGGAAUAUUCAAGGUUGCUCCCUCCGAUUUGACCCAUACAAUACUCAUUCAUUGGUAAUUUGCAGAUCCAAGCUUCUUUCUUGUCUCAUCAUUUUGGGAUCGAGUUUUAGAGCCUUCCUCAGCUUGUAACCGGGACCUAUCAUCAUACACGAUGGGCGGCAGUAAUCCAGUUCAGAUAUAGAAGCGAUAGCCAGGUCUGCGGGGGAUGCUCAAGAUGAUGUAAUUGUCUGCGACGAACGAGCUAAUUGAACAAGUAAGCAUGCUGUUAACUUUCGCUGUGUAGAACUUACUAUUGAUAUAAUACAAGAAUCGUCAGAUCGUCAGAUCGAUUUUCGAAACCACAUUGCCUUCGUUGUUUCGAAGGUUAAGCACUGAACUGGGCCCUGCGAAUAUUUGGAUAACCUAUGGGUUGCAGUUGUUCAAAGACGCAAGACAAAGACGUUGAAGUGGCGCUAUAUGCAACGUGUUAGAUAUUCGUGUUCGUGUGAACGAAGAAGAGGCGUGCGACAGGCUUGGGUGAGGGUUCAUUGUAUGUUAGAAGUCCGCUAUCAGGUUUAAGAGACCUGCAACCAAGUAUCCUCCCUUCUUCAGCUACUCACCUGCUAUGGAGAUCACACCAACCAAACUUCCUGAGCUCUCGCGGUCAGAAGCCUUGCGCAUCUUCGGGAGUAUUGACAAAGAUAAUGUCCUCUUGUACGUGGAGAUCCGGAACAACUGUUGUGUUUCGCACAGGCAAGAAGUCAUUUUGGAAGACGCUAUAUCGAUAUGGCCAAUGCAACUGCAUACGCGUACCUUCGACGAAGUUCGGAAGAGUGCCAUCCUUGGAAAUGUCAAAGAUUGUCUUGAGGCGGGGUUGAGGACGUGGUCAGGCUGCGGCACAAAAAUGGCUUCGAAAGGUGCGAUGGACUGGUGGGAAUAUAUCAUCGACGCGAGCAAAAAGCCUGGAAUGAAUGUUUCUCGAAGGGUCUACGUUCGAGCAUUGGCAUGUCUGGCUAACGCCCAUUGGGAGCAAUAUCAUUGCCGAGGACUGGGACAGAUCGACAGAAUUUACAUGGCGGGGCUCUUGGCAAAUGCUUGUAUCUCCUAUGGAUUCAUUCCUCCGGUGGUAAUGGGCAUUGCAAACGAGAUUGGAAAGCACUUGAGCACUGAGACAAUUGCGGGGGUCGAUUACUCUCGCUUCGACAAGCUUACCCAUCUACGUGACGUUGUCUUCAAGGAAGAGAAGCAGGAUUCUCUACAAGAUAUCAUGGCAAAUCGAUGUGCAGCCCCAGGGUGCGGAGUGGAGUCAAGUGAGAAGACAACUUUGCUCCGCUGCGCUGGAAAAUGUCCAAUGGAAGUGAAACCUGCAUAUUGCUGCAAGGAUUGUCAACGAUCGCACUGGAAGGAACACCGCACCAUCUGCAAAGCUGCCGUACAGCAUGCAAACAACCCAAAUAUCCUUGAGAGGGCGAGUCAACGGGAUAUCAAUGAGGGCACUAACGAAUGAAGGCACCUAACAUCUAUGGAAACCAUGAAUCCAUCUCGACCAUUUUUUCUGCGGUCACUCUCGACGUGCGAAUUGAUCACCAACCCAACUCUUCAGCUUUCAUUCCCCACACGAAACCUUUGUCGUCGACCUUGUUUAAAACUCGCUCGUAUCUGUCAAGUGCGUUUAUCUUCUGUACGUCCUCGGACUCACGAGUCGGUAGGUUCAGAUUCUGCUUCUGAUGUUCUGGGUUUGCACUUCUUGGGACCGCCGCGACUCCUCUGGAAAUGUGCCAUGCUAGAACAAUCUGGGUCGGUGUAGCUUGAUAUUUGUCUGCGAGCUCUUUUAUGGUCGGAGAGGAGAGGACGUAGGCGUAACCUAUGGGCAUACAUAUUCUUGGUUAGGCACUUUGAACGGUAGGACGGGAACGAUCUGAGCAUACCUGUUGGGGUGUAUGCUGUUAAGAGAAUACCUCUAGAAUCACAAUACGCCUUCAGAUCAGGCU